GUUUACUUCCGGGGGAAACAUAUCAGGACGGCAAAGCUUCCUGUAGCAAAGUAUUUCUUAAAAUAAAUGCUUGCUUGUGCUAUUUUGCUCCAGAAAGACUAGGAAUUAAGUAAACAUGCAUCGAAAUAUUUCUUUUAGCUCGGGGUCUGUUUACAUUCAGCUUUAGUUAAUUUAGGUGUUUUUUUUCUAACACUGUCCAAAUGGGUGCAUAUUACUGUGCUAUAUGUAGACAGACAACAUUCAUCGGGAAGAAACAUAUCUUCGGGAAAAAUCACCAAAGCACACUAAGAGUGGUUCUUCUUAAAUUCUUAGAAAAGGUAAAGGAAGCUCGCCGGACACUUAAAAAACCCCAAGUCGAAAAGUUUGACAGCACCGAGCACAAGAAGACUUUCUGGUGCUACUGCUGUGGGCUUGAAAUUGAUAAAAAUGUCACAGACGAUAACAUGACUGUGCUGUAUGGCGGCUUGUUGGAGCACAUGGCCACCCCAGAGCACAGGAAGAAUACGCACAAGUUCUGGUGGGAGAAUAAGGCGGACCCCAAGUUGAGAGACAAGGUCAUCGUCACAGAAGAGGAAACUGAAAGGUUUAAAGUUGAGGUGGCCAAAGCAUUGGAAUCAUUUGUGGAGCAGGAGGAUGUAUUCAUUAAACAGCAAGCUGAUUUUAUCCGGACACAGGAGAAGCAUCGCCAAGAGGUCCUUCAGUCUCUUUUAGAGCGCGAGGCAGAUUCGGAGUUGUUCAAAGGAGCCAAUGGAACAGACAUGUCUGCUGAGGAAACUGUCAGUCUGGGGAACAGCUCUCAAUUUACACCUCAGGGAUCAGACCAGCCGGCGGGGAGAAGCUUUGUUAAGUUAAUGAGCAAAGCACCGCGAUCUGCAGCAGGACAAGGCCUGACUUUCAUAGGCUAUCAGGAUUCUUCAAACAGAGGAAAUGUUCAUACAGGUGCCGUUCCUCCUUGGCUCCAGGAAGAUCCUCUGGAGGGGACCUCUGGUCCUGCAGCACGUCCAGAGAUCGGGCCAUCGCUCCAAGAUUUCCUCAAACAGAAGGAGCAAGAGAAGCUGAAGAAGCUUCCCCCGAACAGAGUGGGAGCCAACUUUGAUCACAGUUCACAAACAGACGCCAACUGGCUUCCCUCCUUUGGUAGAGUGUGGAACAGUGGCCGGCGCUGGCAGUCCAGGCACCAGUUCAGACAAGAGGAAGGGCAGAAGAGCAAACGGAAGAGGAAGAGGGAACACAGCACAGAUGGGUCAGAGAGAGCAAAACCCACUGAACAGACGACACAUUCUGACAAUGCUUAAAACAAGCAACGGUGUGUUAUUGACAAGUGAAAGAAUGUAUAUAGUUUACAGAUGUGAUAUAAUGGGUACUUUGUGCUAAGCCUUCUAGACACCCUACAGUAUUAAUCCAACAAAAAUAGUUUGUAUGUGGGGCAUUGUAUAUAUAAUAAGGUUCAAUUGGAAACAUAUGUUUUGAAAGUUACCUUUUGGAAAAAAGUUACUUGUGAGACUAGACUGUUCUGGCAAGCAAACAGCAGGGUGCGCCAACCACUCAACUAACCCACACAUCUGCUGUGUUUGAGAGUAUAAUUGACAUAAAGGCAAGCUGUUGAAACUGACAUUAAAACAACAGCAUUGUAAAAUGUAAACUGUAUUAUCCAUGUUUAAAAGUUGAUAGUCUAUUUUUCCUUGUCUGGAAAAAAAACAGUGACAUUUUGAGUGUAUUUUGUUCCUGCCUCACAUGUUGACCUUUGUUGUUAUUUUGUAAACAACACAACAUGGACCUAUACAAAAUGAUGGCAGCAGUAAGCAGUUUUCUUAGACCUCCAACAAUAAACGCGUCUCUUUAUUGCAGUGAA